AGACGUUAAAGCGUCUGCACCAAGUACGUUAUAUGUUAUGAGUGGUAACUGCGUUCGUUUAUCAGUUCAUGCCUUCUGCUAUAUAGCUGGAUUGUCUGUCGCUGAUGGCGGCUCUGACCAUAAUGGAAACGAGCCCCACCGCUUUCCUUGCUGUCCGAUAUUCACCCAGUGCGUCCCCAUAAUCCCUUUUUGUUUGCCUAACCCAAGUGUGUAUGUAGCGGCCGCGAUAUGCUUGAUGAUCUGGGACCAUCUCCUCACCGUCGAUCAGGAAGUAGACGCGAUAUGGAUCUCCCGUAACAAAGGAUGCCUUCCCAAAGUCAUUUAUGUUCUGAACCGUUAUUUUGCGGAAGGAGUGCUCUUUCUCUUUCCUGCCAGCUGCACUCGGGUGCUAUGGCUUUUCACUAUGUCAUCAACAGUGAUGGUCGGGUUGCUUCAAUUCAUCAUCGCAAUGCGGGUAUACAGGUCAUGGGAUAACCAAAAGAGAGCUGGUUACAUUCUUCUCGUGGCGUUGUCUGUUUGCAUCAGUGUUGCGUUCAUUCUUGCCGUUAUCACUGUCAUCAUUCUCUUGAAGUCGAAAGCGGUACUUUACCUAGGACAACGACUAGGAAACGUGUGCUACAUCCUUGAUGAUUUGCCGCGGACUGUACCUGCUCUUCUCGCGACACUGCUCGCGUUCGACAUAUUAAUCGUCUUAAUGGUUCUGUACAGGGCGCUCGAGAAACCUAGGCGAACCCAUAUCGAAGCGAUCAACUCCUUCCAUCGUGAUGGUGCCCGUCUUUACUUGGUGCAUAUUUAUAGCGCAGCUUGGGCGUUAAACACUAAUAUAGGCUGUCGUGUGCAUCUCCGUGUGGAAGGACUCAAAUUCCUCGUGGGCAGCGAGGUGCCCUUGCUCUUAUACAGGAACGCUGAUGACUUUGAACUUUAUUACCGGUGACGAAACGCUUACGAUUGAACUUUUUAUGUAGUAGUACCCAUUACCACUGUUUUAACCAUCUACAUACGGCUAAUACUUCUGUUCCGUGAGUUAAGAGAGCGAUCCAACAGUGGCUUACUAGAUUUUGUCGAUGACGUGGAUGACAUGGGUCAUAAGUCUGGGGACUUCGCGUGAAAGGGGCUUAAAAUCACCGAGAUCGACGAUUGUUGAACCCACCCAUAAACUCGUAGAUUAUGACGAAGUUGGGAAAUCACAUUCUUCAUAAAACAGUAAAAGUAAAAGACGCGUCAAUAUUACAUAACUUGUCAAAACCAGGUUUUGCGAACUUCAAAACGAGUUUAUGGCGGUUUAUGGUUGUUCCCCAAAAGUCUCGUUAUGCCAACAUUUUAAAUGAUCCCUUUCACAGCUUGACAAUCAGGGGCCUUUCGGUGGAUGAUGAAGAAACACUCGGACUUUGUCCUACGCCGGGUUUUGGGAACGUC